GCAGGUCUCAAAUAAGGUAUCAAAAAUCACUGAAAUGGGGUAAGGUGAAAGAAUGUGAAGUGCAUAGCACGAGCGAGUUUCUCGCCUGCUGGUCGCGCGAAAAUUAGGCCGAGCGGACGGGAGGGUGCGCAGUGUAAUGCGUGCUCUCCUGACACCCCUGCCAAAAAUUUCGCGUAAUACCCCCUGCAAAAAUAUUGAAAAGUUCUCCGGCUUGCACGUUUCUACUUUUUGAAGACUGACAUAGCAGUUCUACCGUCGGUCUGAAGUACUUUUAACAUAAGAUUGAACUGCAAUUUAAAAUUUUCAAGAAAAAGUUGGAACACGCAGUCGAGCACGCAGUAUCCUGCAAAAGUAACGCGAUGGUCAUGUGCCUGUCACAUGAGCUGAAUUAUUUCGAAAUACCAUAAACAAAGACGCUCCAAGUGCUGUGAAUUUCACGAUAAAACUUUGCUGGGUUAACUAACUAGAAAGCUAAAUUUUGGUCUCUAAUUUUGUGAGUUUUAGUCUGCGACAAGCCAUAUUGACAUAUUAUGACAUCUCCAUCAAAGGAAAUCUAUAUUUACCGCAAGCCGUCCGUUACUCGCUCUUGCUCAAGUGAUCUGGGAACUGUUCAGGAAGAAAGAGAGGACGACAUGGAGCGAAGGUCGGUGUUUGAGGGUUCGCUUGGAGAAGAAGAACAGACUUCUGAAGAACUUCGUACAGACUCAGAUACAGGACACAUAUUGGAACGCAGCCCUCAACCGAGUCCACGUUUACGAGCAGUCAUGAAAACAAAGAUAAAAUAUCACUACAUGAAUCCAUUCCAAAAAUUUCGAGCGAGACGGCGGAAACCUUGGAAACUGGUCGUUCAGAUUGUAAAAGUUUUCCUUAUAACUAUCCAGAUUUGUUUGUUUGGAUUGGAUCGCUUUUCACUGGUAACAUUCCUGGAAAAUAAUCACACUGCCUUGAAACACUUGUUUCUUAAAGACUAUCAAAGCAAGGGCCCGGAAUCGGAUGUUGUCGUGUACACAAGAAAAGAACUGUACGAUCAUCUUCACUAUGCUCAUGAACAGUAUUAUCAAAUUGGAACAGUCCCUCUUGGGACAUACAACUAUACAAAGAUGGUCAAUGGCACUGACCCUCCACGAGUGCAAUUGUGUUACAGUUACUAUGCCAAUGGAGGGAUUGUAAACAACACUUAUGUGUUUAAUCCCAACAUAACUGAGGUCUGCAUAUCUUUAAGACGUCCCAUUGAUCAUCAACACCUAGAUAUCAAAAACAACACCUUUAAUCUUGGAAGGCAAGACUACACAUGCUUGUUUUGUUUUUAUUUGUUUGUUUGUUCAUUUCAUGAUUUUUUUGUAAUUAACUCUAGCCAGGCUCACACUGGGGCACUCAACCCAGAGCAUAAGGCCUCCGAACUUCACGGGAAAAUUUUGUUUGACAAUGUGAAACAUGAUGGUAAAAUGCCUGUUGAGCUUGACAUGAGUAACACUUGGUUACAGUGCAAUAAAGCAAAAAUCAAGGGACAAAACCACCUCAGGACACACAUCAUAACUGUAGCCUUAGUAGUGUUUGACGCUAUUGUUAUCUUCAUCUGUUCUGUUUCUCUGCUGCUAUGCACAAGAUCCAUUUACAAAUCGCUGAAGUUGGCUAAGGAAACUGCCACAUUUUUCAAGAAUGAACUUAGCGAGGAUUUUACAUUCUCUGAUUACCAGGAGUUUGUCAGCUUAUGGUUUUUCGUCAUCAUGUUAAGUGACGCUCUUACUAUUGUGGGUUCAGUAUACAAAAUGGUCAUUGAUCAAAAGGAUAGUGAUUUCUACAACGUCAGCAGUCUUUUUCUUGGCACAGCAGUUCUUUUAGUGUGGAUUGGCCUUCUUCGAUUCUUGGGCUACUCCAAGAAAUACAAUGUUCUUUUAGUGACACUGAAGGCUGCUACUCCAAGUGUAGCCAGGUUCUGUGUCUGUGCCGCUCUUCUGUUUAUUGAAUGGCGUCAGGAUGAUGCUGAAACAUCGGCUAUUGACUUUAAUAUUCGCUUGACUACAAUAUUGUCAGUGAAAUGUAAAUUUUCUAUUUUCAAUUUUUUUGUAGGGACACACAUCAUAACUGUAGCCUUAGUAGUGUUUGACGCUAUUGUUAUCUUCAUCUGUUCUGUUUCUCUGCUGCUAUGCACAAGAUCCAUUUACAAAUCGCUGAAGUUGGCUAAGGAAACUGCCACAUUUUUCAAGAAUGAACUUAGCGAGGAUUUUACAUUCUCUGAUUACCAGGAGUUUGUCAGCUUAUGGUUUUUCGUCAUCAUGUUAAGUGACGCUCUUACUAUUGUGGGUUCAGUAUACAAAAUGGUCAUUGAUCAAAAGGAUAGUGAUUUCUACAACGUCAGCAGUCUUUUUCUUGGCACAGCAGUUCUUUUAGUGUGGAUUGGCCUUCUUCGAUUCUUGGGCUACUCCAAGAAAUACAAUGUUCUUUUAGUGACACUGAAGGCUGCUACUCCAAGUGUAGCCAGGUUCUGUGUCUGUGCCGCUCUUCUGUUUAUUGGCUUUAUGUUUUGCGGCUACAUUGUUCUGGGUCCAUUCCAUCCCAAGUUCAAGACACUGACUAUCACUGCAGAAUGUUUGUACUCUAUGAUUAAUGGAGAUGAUCUGUUCAACUCGUACGCUAAAAUAUCGUACGCCAAAAGUCCGUUGGGUGUGUGGAUCUUCAGCAAGAUUUAUUUCUACAUCUUUAUCGGACUCUUCAUUUAUGUUGUUUUGAGUUUGUUCAUUGGUAUCAUUGGAGACACAUACGAAAGACUUAAGGAUUUAGGACACCUUCCUGAAACAAAGAUCCAAAAGUUUCUGCAUGAACCAGUAAAUGCUGGUAGAUCAGUUCAACAGAAGGAAUAUCACCCUGGAACACAAACAGCGCCAGCAGACGCCAUUGCAACGCCUCUACCAAGAGAUGAGAUAAGUCAACAUGGGAGAACUCAGUCCAAUAGUACCAUGAAUUCGAUGAUGAGAUACAUGUCCUUAGACUCGACCGGAGCAGAAUAGAUGUUUCCAAUAAGUUAAAACACUAGUAUAAGCUAUAUUGAUAUCAUAACGUGGAAAGAUAUCAUGUAGGCUUAGAAAUUUGCCAUCAGUCCAGAAAAACAUUCUUAGUAAAACAUUACAUAUCUUCAAAAUAACAUAUAUGAAAACUUCACUUAGCUUGUAAGAACCUAGUGGUUUAAGAACCUGCUGGCAGAAAUUUGCCAUUUAAUACCCAAAAUGUAAAGACCUGUUUAGC